AUGAUUUUAAUGAAAAUUUUAACGUUGGUUUCUAUUUUAACGGUUUCAUUACUUUUAUUAUUUCCCUCACUAUCAUUCACAAGAAAAUUUUCAUCAUAUCCUAACCACCUAAACAAGAGACAUGAUAAAAAAGUUUAUGACAUUACUAUCUCUAAAGAAAAAUUAGCACCUGACGGUUUUACUCGGGAAAUGUACACUAUAAAUGGUCAAUUUCCCGGUCCUCUCAUUAAAGUUAAUAAAGGUGACACUUUAGUUCUUAAUAUUUAUAAUGAUUUAGAAAAUGAAACCACGAUUCAUUCACAUGGAAUGUUUCAACGUGGGACUCCUUGGUACGAUGGUGUUCCUGGACAAACACAGCGCGGCAUUCCACCAAAAAAAUCAUUUACCUACGAAUUUAAAGUGGAUCAAAUAUUACUACAAGAUUGGUAUCAUAAUGAUUCAAAGAUCUUGUCGGCUGCAUUCAUGAAUCCUGCAAACGUAAAUGGAAGUGAACCAACACCUGAUAAUGGUUUAAUUAAUGGAAAGAAUUCUUACAACUGCUCCUGGGCACCAGCAAAUAGCGAAUGCGUUAGUGAUGCUCCAUUAGCACUCUUCAAAUUUGUUCAAGGAAAGAGAUACCGAUUUAGAAUUAUCAAUACAAGUGCUUUUGCUGAAUUUAUUUUUUCAAUCGAUGAACAUCCAAUGGAUGUUAUUGAAGUUGAAGGAAUGAUGACCAAGCGUCACACAAUUCACCGUCUCCCUAUUAAUAUAGCCCAACGUUAUUCUGUUAUUGUGACAGCUGAUAAACCUAUAGGAAAAUAUUGGAUGCGCUCAGAAAUGGAAACAACUUGUCUAGCCACUCAAUCAGAUCAGCUAAAUUCUCUCGUAAAAGCGAUUGUUGAAUAUGACGGUCAUGAUGAUAUUGAUGAUAUUCCAAAUUCGGUAGCUUGGGCUGAAACCCCUGAAAAUUGUGUAGACUUGAAUUCAUCAAAUCUAAUACCUUAUAAUGAACAAAAUAUUCCUGACGUUGACUAUAAGUUAACAAUAGAUGUUAACUUCCAUCCAGAUGAUAAUGGCAUUGUAAGAGGAUACAUAAACAAUUCAUCAUAUAUAUUGGAUGCAGAUUACCCUACACUUUAUAAAGUAUUCGAUAAUGUGAACGAAUAUUCAGCUGAUCAAAAUGUUUACGUAAUUGAAAAAAAUAAAGUUGUUGAUAUUAUUUUGUCAAAUAAUGAUACUGGUAUGCAUCCAUUCCAUUUGCAUGGUCAUGUAUUUUGGGUGCUUGGUAUUGGUCAAAAUGGCACAAGCCCAGAUUAUAAAUAUUUAAAUCUCAAAAAUCCGAUACAACGUGAUACUAUAACUGUUCCUGCUCAAGGGUGGGUUGUCCUUCGAUUUGUUUCAGAUAACCCUGGUGUAUGGGGAUUUCACUGUCAUAUUGAGUGGCAUGUACAAUCAGGAUUAGUUAUGGAAUUCGUCACCCAACCAGAUAAAAUUAAAGAAUUAAAAGCACCUGAUGAAUGGAAACUAUUGUGA